CACCAACACCACCAUCACCUACCACCACCACCACACCACGCUUCGGGACAAGAGCCUCGCAGCGAUCGUCUUUCUUGGUGCGACUAGCCAGUCAACUGUUUUAGGCGCGGCGAUUCCAUCAAUACUAUCCCCAGCACAAGUAGGCGCCACUUGCGCUCCGAGCUUCUCCACAAGUUCGCGUGCUUGCUUGCGACACAAGCACCGCGCGCGUGUGCACCAUCCAAGCGACCACCAUCCAUCAUCAACACUACGUACCGGAUCGCAUCGCAUUGCGUCGCGGUCGUUUAUACACAAGACACAUCACACCCUGGGACAGCGCGACUCCAAAGUCCGCAGAAGCACACACUUUUGAAGUAAGUGCUGAUGUACUUCACGCCCCUACCAUCAUCUGCAUUUCUCAGCAGCAUCGUCGGUCGCACCCAAGGCACCGCCACCCUCAUCAUCAUCACUGUGAUUACUGCCAUCAACUCCAUUGCGCCGCAUCGUCGCGCGUGCUUGACUCGCCCUUGUUGCAAGUCGCAAAGCCCUCUUUUCAUAUUUCACCCAAAAAUCUAUACCUUGGCAACCACAGCGACACCAGAAUCUUUCGCUGGGUCGUCUUUCUCAUUGUCACUUCAGCUCUCCCACUCAAGCACUGUCAUCAUCAUCAUCAUCAUCGUCACACACACACACACAGAUGCGGGCGCACGCGCAUUGUUCAACGCUCGACUAAAUACUGAUAUCCUACUCACAGACUGUCGGCUUUUUCUUGAUCCCAUUGGAUAUACCCUCUUGAAAGGUAAACAGCCAUCCCGUUUCUUUACUUCCUCCCCCAUCUCCCCUCUUUGCGCCUCCGCCUCAGUCCCGCGUCCCUUAGUUCCAUCAUCGCGUCGCGUAUCCGUCCCCCUCAAGACGGCCAAAAGGCAUGGCUCGAACACUUCUUUCAUGUUGACGCCCCUGUCCACGCUGUUUUUUUGGCAUUUUCCUUUGGUCGCAUCCACGCCUGGGCAUGAUCCCAACAGCCUGGGUUCAUCCCUCCCGCCACCUUUGUCGUCGUCAUCAGUUGUCAUCGAGGGCUAUGCCAGGCUUGGUCGCGCCAGGCGCACGGGCGCAGUGAUGUGCUUUGCCAAGCUGCUUUAACACUGCUGCUACAACGACCCAGACAGACAACUUGUGCGUUUCGCGCAAGUGUUGAGAUGUUUCGUUGGGUAUAACCGCUUGAUCAAUGUCGUCUAUAGCUUGCUGCAGCACCAGCAGCUGUAUGCGCCUCCACACACACUGCCGCGCGCGCACACACACCCAAGGGAAGCACCACACCACAAGUGCCCACCAUCAUCGGACAGGACCCAUUCGCAGCCUGCGUCUAGCCGUUGCAGCGGCCUUGUCG